AUGGACAAGUUAAGAGUGUUGUUGAAGCAGACAGAAAACUUGGUACAAGAUCUACAAGAGGAACUUGAAAUGAAAGAUUCGAUGAGAGUGAAAGAGUUACAUAGUGAAAAUUAUGAUUCACAGGGUACUUGUGAUAAUUCCUUCUGUGAUAAGGAGCUCAAUGCAUUUUCACCUGAAAAGCACAUGGGUAAUUUUCCAAUAACUGACUGCAAAAAGUCAUACAAUCAGAAGGAAGAAGAAAGUUCAGAAUCUAUGAGCAAAAUUGAAGCUGAGCUUGAAGCUGAACUUGAGAGAUUGGGAUUAAACAUGAAUGAGUCUAGCCCAGAAACACCUUUGUCUGAGCUUGUUGAGUCAUGCAAGAUGUCAAUUCCCAAUUAUUUUGCUAAUCUCUUUCGCUUUAUUCUAAAACUUCUUGGAGUAGCUGUAGAAAGAUACUUGACACGGGUCCAUGGUGUGCUAAUAUCUCAAAAUCUCUUGCAGCUUGACCCUGACUUUCUGGCAGAUUUAGCUCAAGGUGAGUUGCAAACUGACGUGAUUGGUGGGGAAAAAAAAUUCCAUUCAGAACUUUAUGAGGAUGACGGAGACACUGUGGUUCCUGUAAAUUAUGCUGUUUCCCCUCAUGAGCUAACACUGCGCUUGCACAAUGUUAUCCAAUCCAGACUUGAGGGACGUGUACAGGAACUUGAGAUUGCCCUUGAAAAUAGUCAGAGAAAACUAUGGUUUAUGGAAUCAGAGGACAAUAGUCAUUCUCAAAAGUGUUUCUCAAUACAAGCAUCCUCCUCUAGUGAAGGAAAUAUGUUGGCUUAUAAUAACUGUGAGCCUAUGACCGAACCCUUAGAUAUGAAUUCAUCUGGUGAAUCUCCAGGUGCUUACAAUGACACCUAUUUUGAAGAAAUUAUAAAAAUAGAUGACUUUGAAGAAAAUUCACCAUCAAGCAUCCAUAUUACUGACUGUAAAGUAGAUUCACAUUCACAUGAUUUACAUGUAUUAGGGGUUCAACAUUGUGUAGCAAAUGAUCUCCAUACUUUUCCCACUGUUAAUGAAUUGAGACUGUCAAGGGAGCUGUCUUCUGGUGAGGUCACUAUGUUGGAAGGGCUAAGCUCUAGCAAUUAUGAAUCAAAUGAUGUUACUGGAGAUGAAAAUUGUGAGUGUGAUUAUGAGGUGGAAAGGCAAUUAAUAAGACAAAUUGUUGAAAGGACCAAGAAAGGUUCUCCAGUCUUCCAAAAUGCUAGAAGGAUAUUGUAUUCUAUGGAUGGAGUUGAACAUUAA